AUGCAUCUCACAGACCUGAGCUUUGUUCAAUGUAAUUUACAAAAUUCCAGAGCUGCAACUGCUUUAAUGUUUCAGACACAGUUUCAUAAGAAUAUUCCUAUUGCACUUUUACAAGACUGUCAUAUUAAUCGAGAUAAUACACUAACUGGCUCCACCACACAGAAUAAAAUUUACAAUUCUAUUAAUAUGAAAGCCACAAUAGUCUAUAAUGGUCCACUAACACCAACAUUAUGGAAAGCCACUCAACAUACAGUCUCAAUAGUAAUUAACUGUCAAGAUGGUGACAUCUUUAUCACUUCAGCUUACUUUCCUCCUAGUACCGACAUAGAUCGAAUUCUUCCUGAAUUGGACUAUUUAAGAUUCCUUAAAUUCACAAAUAUUAUUAUUGGAGGAGAUUUCAAUGCUUCAAGUAGUCUCUGGGGUUCGCCUAUUGAAGAUUCACGUUCAGCGCAGCUCUUAGACUUUGUAGAAUCCAAUAGACUAGUAAUAAUCAAUGACACUAAUGCACCUCCUACCUUUCAAACCAUACGUGCCAAAGGAUGGCCAGAUGUUACAAUAGCAUCAGAGAGUAUAGCUAGAAAAAUUGGCAAUUGGACGGUUACAGACUGGAUAACAUUAAGUGAUCAUAAUGCCAUCACCUUUACUCUUCACUGUACAUUACAAUAUCAACAAAAGAGAAGAUUUAAGACUAAUUAUGGAGGACAAAAUAAGCUUAAACGUUGUCUGCUUCCUUUCAUUCCUGAACUGAUUAUUAAACUUGAUGUUUGCAAUAGUGCUAUAGAUUUAGAUGAGGCCUAUGAUAGUUUUAUUUAUGAAAUUAUUACAGCCUGCCAUAGAACUUUCAAAACUAAGCAAGUUAAAAUUAGGAAUAACGCAUCUUGGUGGACUCCAGACCUAGCUAAAGAGCGAAAGAUUCUACGAAAGCAAAGACGCCAAGCACAAGCCGCAACACUCCCUGAAAUUAGGAUGGAACUUUUUAGUCGCUAUAAGAAAUCACAAGCUCUUUAUAAAAAACAUAUAAAUUAUGCCAAAGAAACAUCAUGGAAAAAUUAUUGCACACGCACUGUUGAGCGUUAUGGCAAUAUUUUUCAUAUUGCAAUGGACAAAGUUUUCCGUCCUACUCUCCUACCCUCUGAUAUUUUAAAUACAGCUAAAAGUCCAGAGGACACCAUCCGAUUUCUUCUGACUAAUAUUUUUCAAAAGGACACCUCUACAGAAGACACUACAAGCCAGGCAGAACUGCGAAGUAAUUUUGAUAAUUACAUAUAUCAUAAACCUACUAUGGAAACCCAUGCCUAUCUUUCUGAAGCAAAUACAUCAUCCGCUUUCAAUCCGCCAAAGCACCAGGACCUGACGGCGUGGAUAACAUGA